CCCCGCAGUAGCGACGGCCGUUAUCAGGCCACGGUUCACGACGAAUGAUAGAUAGUGAGUGAGCAGUAGCGGAGGUGGCGUUGCCUGCUUCUUUUGUAAUCGUAAGUACUGUACCUUUCGCGGGGUGGUGCGUCUUUCCCUCCUCGUGAUUUUGUAGCUGUGCACAGUUGACUAGGAGUGGGCAUGCUGUUCUCGAUAAUAAUGACGAAGAUGGGAGUUGCUUCUCUCGGGAGCGUACUGCUCCUCCUGCUCUGCUGCUGGUUGUGUGUUCACAGAUUAAGAGCCAAGUCCGAGUCCCAAGAAUCGAUACGUCAUAAUGUUGUUCUUGUCGAGCCUUCCAGCUAUAUCCUCAGGGUCGUUGACCAGCUUCAAUACCUUUUGAAGGGGCCGGAGAUUGUGCAGAAGGCACACAUCAAAAAUAGUCCCUAUGCCGUGCGCACACCAGAAGGAUAUCAAGUCCAGUUCUCCUCCAGGGAGCACAUCAAGCAAUUGGUGCAGGCGCCAGACACGUACCUGUCCCUACAUGCUCUGGCGAAAGAUAUGUUCCAGCCCAAGUAUACCAUGAACGGCCUCGAAUACGACGACUGCAUGAGCGCCAACGGGACCGUCCACCAGCGAGCCCUGCAAGCGGAGCUGCGAUCCCACCUGCCAGCCCUAACCCAGCCGUUGCACGACUGCAUAGUCCAAGCGCUCGCCGCAGAGAUCACAGCCCACAAGCCCCAGUCCGGAGAAUGGCGCGCAGUGCCAAUCUUCCCGAUGGCCAAGCGCCUGAUUACCGCCGCCAACGCCCUGGUCUUCUUCGGGCCCGAGGUCUCAAGCGACCAGGUCUUCCUCGACGCCGCGCUCGAGUACCCCGAACACCUCAUGGAAACCGCCGAAGCGCUGCGCCUGCUCCCCGCGUGGGUCGCGCCCUUUGCAGCGCCAUAUCUAAUGCGCCGCCACCGAGCGCUGAAGAUCCUGCUCGACCGCCUCACCCCCGUCGUCGAGGCGCGAAUCCGCAAAACCAGCACCACCACCACCACCACCACUGCCCCGGAACAUGCAGACUGCAUCCAAUUCUUCGUCAACGCGGCCGCGCGCAAGAACCAGCAACACGAAUGGCCGGCCCAGCGCAUCAUCCAGGUCCUGCUAGGCGUGUGGUUCGCCUCCGUCCACCAACCAGCCAUGUGUCUCUUCUAUGCCCUAGACGACCUCUGCCUGCAUCCCGAGUUCACGUCUGCACUACGCGACGAGGUCGUCCACGCCGCUAUGCCCCAACCAACCACCAUCACCACUACCACCACCACCACCCAACAAUCAGAAAUCAACCCCAACCACCUCCCCCUCCUCACCAGCUUCCUCAAAGAAUCCGCCCGCCUGCACCCAACCGAUUCCAUCUCCCUGCGCCGCAAAGUCCUCCAACCAUUCACCUUGGCCGACGGAACCACCCUCGCAAAGAACGACGUCGCCUGCAUCCCGCUGCAGCCCAUCCUCCGCGACCCAGAUCUCUACGCCGAUCCGCACACCUUCAACCCUUACCGCUUCAUCAUCCCCCAAGAUCCCGAGAAGGUCAACGAAGGUACCCGGAACCCGACGACACGAACAACAUCCUCCGAUUUCACAGACGCAGACGUCACCUUCCCCAUCUGGGGGCUGGGCAAACGCGCCUGUCCCGGACGGUAUUAUGCAUCGUUGCUUCUGAAGCUGGUGCUCGCGCAGAUCCUGCUGCGGUAUGAGGUUAAGAUGGUGGAGACGGCCAAAGACGAGCGAAGGUAUUUCUACUGGCGCUCGGCGAUUGUGCCCAAGGCUGGGGCGGGGUUGUUGUUUCGGGAGAGGGGGGUACGGGCUUUGGCUGGGGUUUGUUAG